UUCUCUCUCCACCGUCGUUGUUGCUAUGUAAUAUCUCUCCUCUGGUGUUAUGUGCCUCUCUCCACCGCUGUUGUGCUCUCUACUCAUCUAGUUUCGGUCACUUCCUCUGUACUCUCUCGCCGCUAGUCAGCUCUCUCCAACGUUGUGCUCUCUUGUACUUUUGUUUGCCUCUCUCGAUAUCUUCACUUUUGAUUACUUGAUUAUUGAAUAUUUUUGAAAUUUCUAUUUUAUUAGAUUGGGUUAAAAUACAGUGGGUGAUUAAGCUUGAUUAAUUUAUUUGUGUAUGAUUAAACCUUGUUACUUUAAGAAAGAAUGGACUAAUUAACAUUUUGGAGCCUUAAUUUGCUUCUGUUUUGCUUGCCAUUAGAAUUUAAUUAAAGACAAAUGGAAGGAGAUAGGCCUUAUUUUGCUUCUGUUUUGCUGGCCAUUUAGGUUUCCUAAUCCAUCUUCAUUAAACACGAUAUAAUAAGUGCCUUGCAUAUGAUUGUUUGCAGUUCUUGAUUAAUCUUUUGUUCCUAUUUGGAUCUUGAACAUAUGGCAUUUCAAAUGCCUAACAAUUUGUAAUAUGUGUGAAAGGAUCUGCUGCAUCUUUACAGGCUAUUUCCCUUGAAAUUGCUUGCUUUGCUUUGAUCAGCUGAUGUAAUAAAUCUGGACCUUAAUCAAAAUUCAGAAUUGUCAAUAUUUGGAGAAUACAAUUAACAUAAACAUAAUACAUAAGAAGAAUAUGGAUGGAUUGUUUUGGCCCUUGAUUUUUUGGCCCUUGAUUUGUUGUUGUUAUGUGAUCUGAUGUUUUGAUGAAUUCAACUAUUGAUCUGUCAUUUUUUGCUUCUGAACAUUGAUUUUCAAUUGUUGCAAUUGUCACAAAAUGAGCUUUUAGUUUGAUGCUGGAGUGUACUAUAAGAUGUUGUAGUGUGAGACUAUGCUGUUUACAAUGGGCACUGUAAUGGUUUGGUUUUGAUGCUGGGCAGCGUACUCUCUAAUUCUAUGAUAAGUUUCAGAAUUAAUUGUGUCUUGUUAUCUGUUUUUUAAGUGGUUAAUUGGGUUUACUGUUUUCUUUUGGUUAGAAAUGUCUUAUACUUGUUUAUUUAUAUUUUUGUACUCAUUAAAUUGAGUUAGCUGUUUCUGUCAAAUGAAUAAAUUAAUUUUGGAUUUAUUAUAUAAUUAUAUCUUGUUCAACCGGUUCAAUUAGUGACCCACUAGUGGAAUAUUGACUCAGUGCCUCAGCUGAGUCAUUCACCAAGUCAAAUUUAAUAACUACUUGAUUUCCUGUAUCAAUGGCAAGUACUCAGGUUUCGAAUGACUGCAUGAUUCUGGGGUGAUGGGCUAUAACUGCAUGGCCAAAUUUGAGCCGAACCUUGUAUUUGUAAUUAUAGCCUCGUAGGCAUGUCACAGUGGAAGCAACGAAAGUAGAGCCUGGUCAAAGAACCUACUUCAUUCCCAAACCUCUUCAAAUUUCUUUCCCCUGCCUGGAUCUUUUUGUCUAGUAAUUUGGAGCGGGAAGCUCUGUUUGUGCCUUUGGUGGUUAAGUUGUGUAUUGUACGGAAAUGGAUUUCAUAGAAUCUUCAGUUCCAGAAGCACUAGAUUGUGAUCUCUCAUUUCCAAGGGGUGGACCCAUUUAUGUUCCCAAUAUGGUCAGCCCCUCCACAACGGUUCCUCAGUUUGAAAACUCUAUAAUUUCUGAACUUCAGAAUCUAGAGGCUGAAUUAUCACAAGAUGCCACCCGAAUCUCUGAUGAUGAUGUAUCGGUUGAUGAUCUUAAAAUAUUUACAGAGGACGAGCUAAUGGAUAUGUCUUUGAAGGAAAUAUUUGAGGGUAUGGAGAACAAUGAAAAUCGUCCACCACCUUCAGACCAAUCCAAAGUGGGGGGUGGUGAAAAGAGGUCAAGGAAAAAACGGAAAGGAACAAAUAAUCCUAUUCUUGAGAGUGGUUGUAUAGAAAAGGUGGAGCAAGUUGUGAGAAUCAAACAAAAGCAAGAAGAAGACAAGGAAUCAGCAAGACUUCAUUCAUUUAAUCCUGCUUGCAAGAUCAAUGAAACCCUCAAACCAGGCAGGAACGGAAGGAUGAGAUCACUUAGGUCCACAAAUUAUACCAAAAAGGUCAGUGCAGCAGAUCUUCAACAACACAUACCAGUGACAUUUCCUGAAGUUCUUCUAUCGGUGGAGGUUUACCAUAAUGUUCGACAGUGUGUCAAGACCCAAGAGUUGUUAGUUCUUGGAAAGCAGCCUUUAACUGAUUUAAGGGAGAAGAUCCAUUGCUCAAUGGACCAGGUGAUGCAAAAAGCUGGGCAGUAUGAUCCUUCUGGAUAUUUUCUCAUUGAAGAUGUAUUUUACACUGAUUUGAGAGACCCAUCUGCUAUUAAUUAUGCCAAACCUAUACUGGAUUGGCUCCGAAACUCAAAGGAGGAGGUGCAAAAAAAAUGGGAAUAUAUUAUAAGUGGCAGACUACACCAGAAACAUAAAGCAAUUAUGGGUGAAGUAUCUGCAUCAAACUUGCCUCGCUUUGCAUCGAUUGAGAUGCAAAAGAUACGUUUUUGUGACUUACUAUUUCGACUUGGUGCUGGAUACCUCUAUUGUCACCAGGGCGAUUGCACGCAUACCUUAGUGAUUCGAGAUAUGAGGUUAUUUCAUACGGAUGAUGUGCAUAAUCGGACGGUUUAUCCAAUAGUCACCUUUCAACUGAAAAUGGUUUUCAAGAAAUGCAGUGCUUGCAAAAUAUUCAGAGCUACAAAGGUAACAGCUGAUGACAAAUGGACACCACAAAACCCUUGUUACUUUUGUGAUGAAUGUUUUUCUCUCCUCCACUUCAACGACGAUGGCUUGCCAUAUUAUAACAGCUUCCUAGAAUAUGAUUAUAAUCACGAUUAGUUCCUUUUGGUUUGAAGAACACUUUCACGAGGAUGUUAUCAAAAAACAAAAAUUGCAUUUGGUGGUGCAUUUAGUUUGGUAUCUACGGAAGCGCUAAAAUCUCCGGAGCCAAGAGGAUAAUAUAGAGCGUAGUGUUAGAUUAGAUGGGCACUUGCAUCUUUUAGAGACUUGUUUGCAAAUUUUAUGAACUAGAUUUAGAGUCCCACAAUGUACGAAAAAUGAACGGUAUAAAUUUUUUGUACAAAAUCUUUUAGAUAACUAAAAUAUUACUGGAGAAAUUUUGUAUUUUAUAGUUAUAACAUAAUCAACCAAUAGAAAAGAGACACAAGUAACAGAGAACCAAUUUAGAUUUAUGCCAGACAGAUCUACCACUGAAGCGAUAUACCUAUUAAGAAGGAUG